CUUCAUUCUUGCAGCUCAUUAAAUUAAAUCAAUGGAGAUGAAUUUAGUUUCAUUUCUCCUCUUAUUCUCAUUCCUUUUAAUUAUUUUUCAAAAAUGGAGAACAAGCCAAAAACAAAAUUUGCCUCCAGGUCCAUGGAGACUCCCACUCAUUGGGAGUUUGCAUCACUUAAUUAGUGGACAUAAUCCACAUCGUAUUUUUAGAGAUCUAGCUCGAAAAUACGGCCCCGUAAUGUACUUGGAACUUGGGGAAGUUCCUACCGUGAUCAUAUCAUCACCUUCUACGUCCAAACAAGUUUUUAAAACACAUGAUCUCGCCUUUGCUAGUAGGCCACAAUUUACAUCCACUGAUAUUGUCAUGUACAAUAAUAAAGAUAUUGCAUUUGCAGAAUAUGGUGACUACUGGAAACAAAUGCGCAAAAUUUGUAUAAUGGAACUUCUAAGUGCCAAGAUGGUCAAGUCAUUUAGCUCAAUUCGAAAGGAUGAACUCUCGAGUGUUCUCUCAUCAAUUGAUUCUGUUGGGGGUUCUUGUGAAGUGAACAUGACGGAAAAAAUUGUUCGAUUCACGAGCUCUGUGACAUGUCGAUUGGUGUUUGGGAAAUUGUGCAGAGAUCGUGAUGAGUUGAUAAAUUUGAUGAAAGAUGCGUUGUUUUUAGUAGGAGGAUUUGAUGUAGGUGAUUUCUUUCCAUCGUGGAAGUUACUUUACAAGAUGAGUGGAGCAAAGUCGAAAUUGGUUAAAAUGCAUCAAAACGUUGAUUCAGUUUUGGAAAGGAUUGUUAAUGAACAUAUUAAAAAUCGAGCAGCGGGGAUCAAGGGAAAUGGUGCCUAUGGAGGUGAAGAUUUGGUUGAUGUUUUCCUAAGAAUUAAAGAGAGUGAUCAACUUCAAUUUCCAAUCACCAAUGAUCACAUAAAAGCUGUGAUUUUGGACAUGUUUACUGCUGGGACUGAAACAUCAUCCACCACUAUUAUUUGGGCAUUGUCAGAAUUGAUGAAACACCCAAAUGUUUUGGCCAAGGCACAAAGCGAAGUGAGACAAGCCUUCAAAGAGAAAAUUGAUUUUGAUGAAGAAGAUCUUGAUAACUUGCCGUAUCUAAAGUUAGUUAUCAAAGAAACAUUAAGGCUACACGCGCCAAGUAUAGUCCAUAGGGAAUGUCGGGAAGAAACAAUUGUUGAUGGAUAUACAAUACCUGCUAAGGCCACAGUACUGGUCAAUACAUGGGCAAUGGGAAGAGAUCCUGAAGUUUGGGAUGAUCCUGAAAGUUUUAUACCAGAGAGAUUUGAAAAUUCUCCUAUUGAUUAUUUGGGAAAUAACUAUGAGUUUCUCCCAUUUGGUGCAGGAAAAAGAAUUUGUCCAGGAAUGCAGUUUGGUUUAGCUAAUGUUAAACAACCUCUAGCGCGGCUCCUCUACCACUUUAACUGGGGUCUUCCAUGUGGAACAAAUACUCCAAAAGAUUUGGAUAUGAGUGAAAAAAGUGGAUUAAGUGCAGCGAAAGAGAAAGAUCUCUACUUAAUCGCCAAAACGAAUCAAAGUUUGGAUAUCAUGCUCUAAAUGGAGAAAAUGAGCAAAGAAUAAGCUUUUCCUCAACUUCUUUUAGUUUGGUGUUUUUUUCUUCUUUCUCCCUUUUGUCUUUGAAGAUUAUUUACAUUGAAAAUAAGUAUAGAAUAAGCACCAUAAUUAGUUUUACAAUUUUAGUUCAAAAGGUUAGAUUACGAAGAAUUUGUUCCAUCGACCAUUUUGUUUAGUAUGUAAUAGUAUGAUACUUGACAUUUUGUUUAUCUUUUCUCUCAAGUCAAUAUUGG